UACAAGCUGUCCUAAAAAUAACCGGGAGCUUGCAGACCACAGGCAGAUACAGUUGUCGAGAGCACACAUUUCCCCAGUACCUCUGGGAACCACAGUGGGAGACCAGCUUGAUUCAUAUACAGUUGUGUAGUUUAUCUAGUACACUUUGUGUUAAGUUCCCAUCCAUCAAGUAUCAAGAUGCCCAAGAUUACAAGGCCUGAUGAUUGCCAACCAGCCAAAGCAUUGUGGUUUGACCGUAAAAAGUACGUCACAAUUAAUUUCAUGGUGCAGAACAGUAAGGAUCUCCAGGUGGACAUACAGGAUGACAAAAUGGUUUUGUGCUGCAAAACAUGUGAUGACACCAUCAUCUACAAUGAAAUUUACUUCUAUGACAAGAUCCAGAAAUUUGACUCCAGAGAGAGGCGCUAUGACCGUACCAUCAACGUCAUACUGAGGAAAGUCAAAGAGAAUGUUGCCUGGCCUCGCCUAACCAAGGACCCAGCUAAGCCCAUCUGGUUGUCGGUAGAUUUUGAUAACUGGAGAGACUGGGAGCAGGAGGAGGACGAGGGUAUGGCGGAGUACGAUCACUACAUGGAUAUGCUGAGCGAUAUGUCAAAGAAAGGAGAAGCUCCUGCUAUGGACGACCUUGACGAUCUUGAUGAUGACUGAGAUUCCAAACUUGAAGGAGGU